CGUAAAACAUCAACUAUGGAUCUAACAGAAAUUCCUCAUAUCAUAACACGACGUAAUUCAACAUUUCAUGAUAACAUGUUUUAUCCAAUACAUCAGCAAAAAUUAUGGAAAAAACAUAAACGAAAAAAAUACGAAUCAAAAAAAUAUCGUCAACGUAGAGCAAUUAUGAAUUUAGCACCAGGUGUUCCAGUUCACGUUGAAACUGCAAUAUUUGUAGAUCAUGAUUUGUAUCAACAUAUGAAAGCAAAUUAUCCUACUGAUACUGAACGGGAAUUGAUACGAUUUGUAUUGGCGAUGAUAAAUGCGGUCCAGUUAUUAUAUCAUGACGAAUCAUUGGGCCGUCCUGUAAACUUCUUACUAAAACGUUUAGAAAUAUUACAUGAAGAACCUAAUGGCUUGCAACGCCCUCAUGAUAUUGAUCGAUUUUUAAGCAGUUUUUGUUUAUGGCAGCAAUCCUUAAAUCCACCACAAGAUUCUGAUCCAACACACUGGGAUCAUGCACUAAUUUUAACUGGAUUAGAUUUGUAUGUGGUCAGUAAACAUGGAAAAAUAAGUACACAAGUUGUGGGUUUAGCACCAGUAGCUGGUAUGUGUACAACUACAAGCAGUUGUACUGUAAAUGAAGGUCGCCAUUUUGAAAGUGUUUAUGUCGUUGCACAUGAAAUCGGCCACAAUUUAGGAAUGAGACAUGACGGACCUCAUGCUGAAAACGACUGUGAUCCAAGCAGUUUUAUAAUGUCCCCAACAUUAGGGAGUGGGAAAAUAACUUGGUCUCCAUGCAGUAGAAAAUAUUUACAAACAUUUUUAGAAACAUCACAAUCUCGCUGUUUAUUAGACCAUGGGAGCACAGCAGGCCAAUUAGAUCACACUGCCGAAGGCACACUUCCUGGGGAACGAUUCGAUGCAGAUCAACAAUGCAUGUUAAAAUAUGGACGUGGUAGUCGGCACUCGCGACAACAACCUCUAGAUGAUAUUUGUCGAGAUUUGCACUGCCAACGCGACCGAUAUACUUGGACAUCACACCCUGCUUUAGAAGGAACUUCGUGUAGUCCAAAUAUGUGGUGUCGAAGUGGCCGAUGCGUUGGAAAAGGAAGUGCAAAAUUACGUAUUUACACAAAAGGUGGUGUACCAAUUCAUGGUGGUUGGACUCCGUGGACUGUUAUUAGCGAUUGUGCAUCAGGAUGUUUGUACGGAGAGGAAGGGCGAUUACGUGCUGGAAGUACUGGAAUCAUUUUAUCGGUACGGGAAUGUUCUAAUCCUAUACCAGAAAAUGGCGGACGGAAUUGUGAUGGCUUCGAAAGGAAAUAUCAAGCGUGUAAUGCCAUGCAAUGUUUAAAUGUUCCACGUAUGACUAUCACAGAAUUUGCUGACCAAAUAUGUGGCCGUGCACGGGAAGUUGACAGUGAUCUAUUAGGAACUGGAUUGCAACGAAUAAGUUCUGAUUCUGAAGAAGCUUGCAUGGUUUGGUGCAACAAAAGAGGAGGUGGGUCAAAAACACGUGGGUGGACGUUUCCAGAUGGCACUGUUUGCCAUUUAAAUCGACAACGGCGUUUCGGAAAACCUUCGUAUUGUAUUAAUGGGCGUUGCGAGGAAUUUGUCUGUGAUCAACAGUACAAUAAAGCAAUGUUUUUAAAUUUACCAGAGCUUUGUGUGGACAAUUCAAUGGGAGGGACUGUAAAUACUGUAGGCAAAUGGAAAAAUAACCCAAGGCGUCGUGACAGUGAUAAUCAAUGGGCUAUUGCUAGUGGUUGUCACAGUAAUUGUAUGUCACCCGGUACAGGAAUACGUUUAGUGAUUAUUAAACGAAAACCAACGAAGUCGAGUAUUCAACUAUGCCAGCCUGAUAAAUUGAGUUGUGGACGCUUAAAAACCCCAUUACAAUAUGCAACCAAUGUUUGUACCAAAUAUAAGGAACGUGUCCGUCGUUUAUCAGGCCUUGGGAUGCAAAUUUCACCAGCAUUAGAAGAUCCAGAUCGACCUUGUCGUGUCGCAUGCCAAGAUGAAAAUGUUUCUCAUCGAUUUUAUUUAGUCAAUGGAGAAGAAGGAUGGUUCCCAUUUGGUACGGAUUGUAGCCGAGGAUCUCGUGAUAAAAAAUCAUAUUGUAUCAGUGGCAAAUGUUUGGAAUUUGGAUCAGAUGGAACUCCAUUAACUGAAAGUGAAUUUACAUUACCAUUAUUAUCACGUUCGAAACGUAGUAUUGAACGUCGUAACGGAACAAAGGUUACAGCAACACUAGAUCAACAUGAAUUAGAUAAAAUUAUCUCACAGUUAAAUCUAACCUAUAAAGAUAUGGUUUACACAGAUUAUCCAGUAAAUUACAGCGAUAAAAAGAGUUCGGAUAUACAAAUUGAUUUAACACAUCCAAUAAUACAUCAUAUGGUGCCAACGACUUCCAUGUAUAGUAAUAAUAUGACAUCAUUUGAUAGUGAUUACAACUUUGGUAGCAGUAAUAGCGAUUCAAUUGAGUCUUCAAUGAUUGGGCAUGAUAAUUAUAAUCGUGAUUAUUAUAAUGAAGUUUAUGGUAUUAAAUAA